AUGGACCAUCAAGUCAUCAUGCAGCAUGAGCAGCCGAUCAUGAACUGGGAGUUUUCUGACCCAGAGAGCCAUAAAAUCAGACAUGCAGAGCAGUACUCCAUCAUUAAGAGGCCUCAGAUGAUGGACCUCAAGAACAGCAGCACAGUGACAAACUUUAUCCUCGUGGGCUUUGAGCAGAGCAGCCCUUCCACUCGGAAAAUGUUCUUUGCCCUCUUCCUAACCCUCUACAGCCUAGCCAUGGCCAUGAAUGGCCUCAUCAUCUUCAUCACCUGGACAGACCCCAGGCUCAACAGUCCCAUGUACUUCUUCCUUGGACACUUGUCCUUCCUGGAUGUCUGUUUCAUCACCACCACCAUCCCACAGAUGCUGGUCCACCUGGUGGUCAAGAACCACAAUGUCUCCUUUGCCUCCUGCUUGAUGCAGAUGUACUUAGUUUUCGGUGUGGGUGUAGCUGAAUGUAUCCUGUUGGCUUUUAUGGCCUAUGACCGUUAUGUUGCUAUCUGCCACCCACUUAGCUAUGCCCAGAUCAUGAGCCAGCAGGUCUGUGUGAGGCUGGUAGGUACUGCCUGGUUCUUUGGGAUGAUCAAUGGCAUCCUUCUUGAUUAUAUGACCUUUCGUGGUCCAUUCUGUAGAGACAACCAUAUAGAAAACUUCUUCUGCGAGGCUCCCAUAGUGAUCACCCUUUCUUGUGGGGACCAACAGUUUAGUCUGAUGGUGAUCUUUGCUGAUGCCGUUGUGGUGCUGCUCAGCCCCAUGGUGCUCAUCGUCAUCUCCUAUGCCCGCAUCCUGGCCUCCAUCCUUGGCAGAGCCUCCUCCUCUGGUCGGGGGAAGACCUUCUCCACUUGCACCUCCCACCUGACUGUAGUCAUCUUCUUCUACACCUCAGCCAUGUUCUCUUACAUGAACCCCCGCAGCACACAUGGGCCUGACAAGGACAAGCCUUUCUCUCUCCUCUACACCAUCAUCACCCCCAUGUGCAACCCCAUCAUCUACAGUUUCCGUAACAAGGAAAUGAAGGGGGCAAUGAUGAGAUCCCUGGGAAGAACCAGCCCAGCCAAAGCAGAUUCUGUCUAG